GUGAUUUCAGCCAGUAACAGGCAAGUGCAUUACUUGACCACCCUUUCAAGCUUGUUGUCCAUUGCCAACCCUCAAUAUCUCGAUCUUGUGGACGCAUUCGGAGGUUGAAUUCCGCUUUUCCUUUGAAGAUAAUGAUGGGGAGAAGAGCUCGACCUACAGCUGAUACACACUCGAUUGCGGUAACCCAUUCCUGCCGACCCUUCUGCGCUUUCACCACCUUUCCCUUCACACUUUUGUCUCCUUCUGCUACUGUCAUUACUUGAGAAGACAAGGUAGUACCAACGUUAUAUCCUGUCUUGUCCAUGUUAUAGAUGUUUUCUGGCAAGUAGUGAUAUUGAUUGCGGAGUGCUGACAUCUCGGUAAACCAUCUCUUGAUGAGUGUCAUCUCACAUCCAUCGAUUCGAGCUAUAUCCAGGGCGCGAGACCAUGUGGUUUUGACUUCAGGAUGUCGGUUCUUGAACUUUUGAAGCCAAUUGACUCCAAGAGGUAUGAUGAUGUUAUUGGGAUUGGGAUUGUGAGAGAGCAUGAGUCGGUUUUGACGAAGAUUCUUUGCGAUCUCGGUAAUGUGAGCAGGGGAUGGGGGGUGACCGCUCUGAGAAGAUCUACGGAUAUAAUUGACGAUGCAGUCUUCUUCUUCAGGAGUCAGAGCUUGAAGACGGCGAUGUGAUUCCUCACGGGAGGAAGGGGAGUGGGACAAUCGGUAAGACAGGGUAGAUUGGCUUACACCAAAAUACCGUGCGAUUUCUCGUUGACUUUGGCGUUUGGAAGGGGGUAGAUGUUUCUGG